AUUGCUCCCACCUCUCAUCUUCCCCUGUCUUUUUCACUCUAUUAAAAUCUUUACUACAACUUGCUUAAAUUUCUGGGUAUUUUCCCUUUUUAAUUAUCUUUUUCUCACAUUCAAAUAAAUUCUACUCACCCCACCUUACCAGAUAUCAGUUUAGUUUCUGCAAAAAAAAAUUCAGGAGAAUUUUUCCUGAAUUUUUAGCUUUAAUGGGGUGUUGUUUAAGUAUUCAGAUUAAAGCUGAUGAAAGCCCUGUUCAUCAUUCUGGUGAUGGCCAUGAACGAGCUGGAUCUGAUAGAUUAAACCUAAGAUCAGAGGGAGAGAUAUUGCAAUCGUCGAAUUUGAAGAAUUUUUCUUACAGUGAUCUUAACCAAGCAACUCGCAAUUUUCGACCUGAUAGUGUGCUUGGAGAAGGUGGCUUUGGUUGUGUGUACAAGGGGUGGAUUGAUGAGCAUACCUUAGCACCUGCCAAGCCUCGUUCUGGAAUGGUCAUUGCAGUCAAGAGGCUAAAUCAUGAAGGGUUUCAGGGUCAUAAAGAAUGGGUGACUGAGAUCAAUUACUUGGGGCAACUACGACAUCCUAAUCUCGUGAACCUGAUUGGAUACUGCAUAGAGGAUGAGCACCGCCUGUUGGUAUAUGAGUUUAUGCCUCGUGGUAGCUUGGAGAAUCAUCUAUUCAGGAGAUCAUCUUAUGUAGAGCCUCUAUCUUGGAAACUCCGAAUGAAGAUUGUUCUUGGUGCUGCAAAGGGGCUUGCCUUCCUCCACAGCCCAAAGAUUAAAGUCAUUUAUCGAGAUUAUAAGCCUUCUAACAUACUCCUUGAUUCAGAUUUCGAUGCAAAGCUUUCUGAUUUCGGUUUGGCUAAAGAUGGGCCAUGUGAUGACCAAGGCUAUGUAUCCACACGAGUCAUGGGUACCCAAGGAUAUGCAGCUCCUGAAUAUGUAGCUACUGGUCACCUCACUCCAAAGAAUGACAUAUACAGUUUUGGGGUCGUUCUCCUUGAAGUGCUGACAGGAAGGCGAGUGUUAGAUGAAAACCGGGCUGUGAAGGAGAGGGACCUACUAAAAUGGGCAAUGCCUUACCUUCGGAAGGAAAAGGUAAGCAGGAUCAUGGACACAAGAAUCCAAGGACAGUACUCUUCACGGUCAGCCAAAACCAUAGGCAACCUUGUUAUCCAGUGCCUGUCAAUAGACCCAAGGUUUAGGCCAAAUAUGGAUGAGGUCGUCUCAACACUAGAGCAACUCCAAGACUGUAAACCCACGGGUGGUGAUUUAUACCCUGCUGUCCAUCGCGAUUUAUAUCCUGUCAACACUGAAGUGAAGAGUUCUAAUCGGCAAAACCAAGGACCCAAAAAUCGGAGGAGGAGUAACAUUGCUAAUGAAUUUUGUAAUGGUGGUAUUUUUAUUUCUCCCGAUACUACAUCAUCUAUACCACCUGUUCUAAGCUGACAUGAGUUCUUUAAUUUUCUUUUCUCAUCUUUCGGUUAAACUGUUGAAAGGAGGGUAGGAGUUCAGAGAGUGUAAGUGUUUCUCAUGUCGCGUAUGAUUUAGGAGCAUCUGUUAUGGAAUGAGAAGAGAUAGUUAGGUAGGUUGUGUUAGCAUUUGGGUUUUUUAAUGUAAAUUGAAUAACUUGGGUAAUGGGUGUACUAAAUCCCAUGCUUUGGGUUAUGAUUGUACAGCAAGUUUUAUUGUUGUAACUUUUUACAUUGUGUGGAGUAGAUUUAUUUUAACUUAUUUAACUUUUGUUUGUUUGAUAAUAUUUUUCAGAGGUGUUGUAAUGUAAAUAGAUUUGCUUGCUCCUCUGAGCUCAGUAUUCUGCAAUAAUAUGUCUGCAUGAUAUCAGACUUUUCCAUC